AUGGGUCGAGGGGCGGCAGCUGGGGCCCUGCUGGUGGCACUGGUGGUGCUGGGAGCCCCCCCGGCUGCGGGCGCGGAGCUCUCGAGCGUGUUCCAGUUGAUUUUAAAGUCCGAGUGUUACUUCACUAACGGCACAGAGAAGGUGAAGUUCGUGGAGAGGGGCAUCUAUAAUCGGCUGCAGCACGUGAUGUUCGUCAGCGACGUGGGGCACUACGUGGGGUUCACUCCCUUUGGGGAGAGGUUUGCGAGGGAGAUGAACAGCGACCCGGCCAUAACGGAGGACGCACGGACUACGGUGGACUGGCUCUGCCGGUACAACUACAAGUUGUCCACUCCGUUGAUCACGGAGCGCCGAGUGCCCCCCAGCGUGUCCAUCUCGCUGGUGCCCCCCUCGAGCUCCCAGCCCGGCCCCGGCCGCCUGCUCUGCUCCGUGAUGGAUGCUCUGCUCCGUGCUGCCAUCCAGGUGAGGUGGUUCCAGGGCCAGCAGGAGCUCUUGGAGCACGUGGUGGCCACCGACGUGGUCCCCAACGGGGACUGGACCUACCAGCUGCUGGUGCUGCUGGAAACGCCGCCCCGGCGCGGGCUCAGCUACAGCUGCCAGGUGGAGCACGUCAGCCUGGAGCAGCCUCUGAGGCGGCACUGGGAGAUGCCGCCGGACGCCGCCCGCAGCAAGAUGCUGACGGGCAUCGGGUGCUUCGUCUUGGGCUUCGUCUUCCUGGCGCUGGGGCUCGGCUUCUCCCUGCGCAAGAAGAGCUCCUGAGCCGGCGGCGGCCGCAGCCCCUCCCCGUGGGCUCGGGCCCGGCCGGGACCCCCCGCUCCGUC